UAAGUAUAAAGUAUAAACACACCGCCGAUUUCUGCAUAUCACCAAAGUUCACAAGUUUAUUCAGCUGAUUGAUACAUUUUUCAGCAUUCAAGUAUUCCGAGAACGAAAGAAAUUUCUCUGAUUUUGAGGUGAAAUUCGUUCAGAAUUCAGGCGUAACAAUCAUAUAUAUAUACAUAUAUAUAUUAUUCAUCAGUUGAACCGUUUGUGAAGGAAAAAAAUACCCAGAAUUCCCAACUCGGCUAUUCAUUUGAUCGAACAUAUCGAAAUCAUCAAUGGCGACCGAAGGACUCUGUUAUUCGACUCUUCAUUGCGCCGUUAACAACAAAAACUCUCCAUUCGGUAGCUCCAGCUCUCGGCGGCGGUCCCGAAAUGGGAUUUCGGUGGUUCCCAGCUCCGCCACCACCCGGAGAAUUUUUUGCGGAGUAAAGGCUACCCGAAUUCACCGUUUGAUUGAGGAGCAUGGGGUGGUUCUUAUGCCCGGUUGCUUCGAUUCUCUAUCAGCUGCCAUUGUUGAAAAAGUCGGGUUCCAUGCCGGUUUUAUCUCCGGUUAUGCACUCUCUGCUUCCAUCCUCGGGAAACCCGACUUCGGAUUACUCACGCCGCCGGAAAUAGCUGAGAGGGCACGGUCUGUUUGCGCUGCCGCACCACUGAUUCCAAUCAUUGCUGAUGCCGAUACUGGUGGUGGGAAUGCUCUAAAUGUUCAGAGGACUGUCAAAGACUUGAUUGCAGCAGGUGCUGCUGGCUGUUUUUUGGAGGAUCAGGCUUGGCCUAAGAAGUGUGGGCACAUGCGUGGGAAACAGGUCAUCCCCGCCGAGGAACAUGCUGCGAAAAUAGCAUCUGCAAGAGAUGCUAUUGGGGAUUCCGACUUUUUCCUUGUUGCGAGGACCGAUGCACGUGCUACAUCAGCUAAACAUGGUCUCUCUGAUGCCAUUUAUCGGGCUAAUCUGUAUAUGGAGGCUGGGGCUGAUGCCAGCUUUGUGGAGGCUCCUAGAGAUGAUGAGGAGCUCAAAGAAAUCGGACGGCAAACAAAAGGAUACCGAGUCUGUAACAUGAUUGAAGGCGGCAUUACACCCUUGCAUACACCAGAGGAGCUCAAGGCCAUGGGUUUUCACUUGAUAGUUCAUCCAUUAACAGCCCUUUACGCUUCCGCCCGUGCAAUGGUUGACACACUGAAGAUACUGAAGAAUGAUGGAUCUACGAAAGAUCAACUAGACAAGAUGGCAACCUUUCAGGAAUUUAACCAGCUGGUCAAUUUGGACGCCUGGUUUGAGCUCGAAGCUCGUUACGCGAAUCUGAAAAGUGUUGCAAGAGAAUGAAACCUAAUAGUUUUUUGAAGCGAAAACAUCUGUAGCUCUAAUAGAUGCAGGACAGUCUUCUUUCUUUCUCAUACCAUUUUUGUAGUCAUUGGAUACUCAUUGUUGCAGAGAUAUCUUGAAAGUCUUCAGAUUUUGAACUGAUUUCUCC